UCUCUUCUGCUCUGCCUGAAUAUCAGCAGCCGAAGAAGAAGAUCUCCGUGCCGUGUUUCUAACUAAAGCUUCCCUUCACUUUCGUCUGAGAGCCGUUAGAAACCUGCUCUGAUCCACAGGUCGCAGCCAACAUGGUGAGGACUAAAGCUGACAGUGUUCCCGCAGCCUACAGGAAAGCUGUUGCAGCGGCUGCACCCCGGAAGUCUUUUGGAGCGAGUUCUGCAAACCAGUCGUCGAGCAGCGGCCAGACGGGGACCCCCGCUAAGGGUAAGUAUGCCGGAGGAAACCUUGUGUGUCCUCGCCCCACUCCGGACUGGCAGAAGGGGAUCGGAGAUUUCUUCGGCGGACCCCCGAGGAAGCCGGAAGAAGAGAAGAACCUGAAGCCGGAGAAGGAGAACCUGAAGCCGGAGGAGGUGGAGGACGGAGAGGAGGCCGGCGGCAGCGGGGUGCCCAAGGCCAGCAGGAAGUACGUGCAUCCCAUAAUACUCUGUCCCUGAGGCUGCUCUGUCUACGCACGUGUUGGCAGAUAGCAUAUCAAACAUGGCAGAAAGAGAGUCUUCUCUUUCCAUCCAAUCAUAUCUUUUUUUGUAAAACUGAAACAAAAGGACAACUACGAUGUUUUUAAAAUUUGCUUCAAGACACAAACACAUCUUAACUAAUCACACGACUCAUCUCACUCCACUGAAACUUUAAAUGGCUACGACAGUUUGCUAUUUAUUUCAGAUGUGAAGUCAGAUUCUACACAGAGAAAUGCAAUAAACUCACAGACAUCAGAACAUACCAACCGUUCAUGGCUGUCAUCGCCACGAACGACCAUAAGGUGGCGCCAAAAACACCGUGUGCCAUGGCCAUACCAUAAUACUCUUUUGUCAGAUCAACCGCAUAUUUUCUACUUUUUAAUGUUGCUUUCAUUCUAUUUUGAGAUGUUUAAAUUCUAGUAUUGUUUAUUUCUACUCUUGUCUUGUUAUGAUGCUGCAACACAGACAUUUCCAAAUGUGGGAUCAAUGAAGUACUUCUUAUCAAAACAAGGACAGAUAUAAAGACACGAUGCAGAGACCCUCUAAUCCUCUAUGUCAGAGAGUUAUAACCCCCCCAGGCUCCUUCACUCAGGAGUCGAUAGAGACAGAGACUCGGGAUGCUUUUCUAUCUGUGAUUAUGUUCAGGGGCGCCGCUUGCGAAAAGGCAAGGCAAGCAACCGCUUGGGGCCGCGGACCAGCAGGGGGCCCCCAAAGAAGGUCCACAGCAACGACAACAUGGAACACCCUUUAAUUUACUGCAACGACAUGUCGGCUGUGCGUGGGGAUGGAAGCUGGUUCGAGGGGCCCCGGUGAAUGUUUGCCUGGGGCCCUCGGUGAAUGUUUGCCUGGGGCCCCCGGUGAAUGUUUGCCUGGGGCCCCCGGUGAAUGUUUGCCUGGGGCCCCCGGUGAAUGUUUGCCUGGGGCCCUCACACACUCUAGAAUCGCCACUGAUUAUGUAAAUGUGUUCCAGUGUUGUGACGUCUCUGGUCUACGGGCGUGUUCUUCAUCCUCUUGUUUUAAUGCACAGUUUGAAGACGUUGAAACAUCUGAAAGUCGGGGUGACGCUCGGCAGAAGCACUUCCUGAAAUCAAGCCGACAUACGUUUGAGAAAGAAAACUUCAAAUAACUUGCCUUGAAAAAUGCCAAAUAUCUGAAUCUUAGUUUGAGGAGAGGAGACCCUUUCUCAUUUCUCUAAUUCCCCUCC